AUGCCGCCUACAUCCUCUGGUGAUACCUGGAGCUCGGGCCACAAGGUGUUCGGCUGUGGCGCACCAACGUGGCCUGAUGAGGCUGGCGGCUGCGACGCGAGGUGCGAUAUGGAGAAGGAAGCACAGGAGCGGUGCUGGUGGGAUCUCGAGGUCACUGGUUGUGCCACACCAACUGUCACUCGUCAUGAAAGACCUAGCCGAUCCACAUAUAUCGUACGUGUGCAUCCUCCACCAAAAUUUUCAUCUGAUAUGAGCUCCACCAACCUUGAGACCUGGUAUAGAUCGUUUCUUCCACCAUUACUUAGUACAUCCAGGCCUCGUACACCAUUCAUCCAUACCUAUAGAGAAGCCAUUCUAGGUUUCGCUGUGAACCUGACAAAACAUGAGGUAGAGUACGUUAAGAAGAGAGAUGGUGUCCUUAAGGUAUAUGAAGAUUACCUUGUACCACUCCUGACAACCCACACCCCAGAAUUCUUGGGGUUGCGGCAAGACGGAGGGGUUUGGAGUAGCACAGGGAUGGGUGAGGGAAGCAUCAUAGGGGUACUAGACACAGGGAUAGAUGUUUCACACGGCUCGUUUGAUGAUGAAGGAAUGAAGCCACCACCGGAAAAGUGGCGUGGGUCUUGCAACUUUGGAGAUGUUAAGUGCAACAAAAAAUUGAUCGGCGGCAGAUCAUUAUUAGGACGCCAAUUGAAUCCUGAGGAUAGCGCUGGCCAUGGUACACACACUGCAAGCACGGCUGCUGGAAGAUCCAUAGAAGGCGCAAGUGUCCUUGGCAAUGGGAAUGGUACUGCAGCUGGUAUGGCUCCACAUGCACACCUUGCUGUGUACAAGGUAUGCAACGAUUUCGGAUGCUUUGCCUCAAACAUUAUUGCAGGACUGGAUGCAGCCAUUGCUGAUGGUGUUGACAUCUUGUCCAUAUCACUCGGUGGUAAAUCACUGCCAUUCGAUGAAGAUAUUAUCGCCAUGGGUGCAUUUUCUGCCAUGAGGAAAGGGAUAUUUGUCAGUUGUUCUGCAGGGAAUUCAGGUCCAUCAUCUAGCACUAUACAGAAUGAGGCACCCUGGGUCCUGACGGUCGGUGCAAGUACAAUAGACAGGAGGAUGGAAGCUAUUGUCAAGCUGGGUGACGGCCGCUCAUUUGUCGGUGAGUCAGCCUACCAACCAUCUAAUCUUGAUUCAUUGCCACUAGUGCAUGAAUUAGAUUCUGGAGAUGCUAAAGGGAAGGUUAUUGCUUGCGACCUUGGUGGUUCUCUCUCCCAACUCAAACUUGGGAAGACUGUUCAGGAUGCUGGUGGUGCUGGGAUGAUAGCACUUGGAAAAGAGGAGAGUGGACAGAAUACUUUUGCUGCAGCUCAUAUUUUACCAGCAUCAUAUGUCAACUCCAUAGAUGCAGCCGUAAUUAGACAGUACAUCAAGAAUUCAGACAAGCCGACGGCUUCGAUUGUCUUCAAUGGUACGUUGUUGGGAACUACUCCAGCUCCUGUUGUUGCUUACUUCUCUUCUCGUGGUCCAAGCACUCAAACUCCUGGUAUUCUCAAGCCUGACAUAAUCGGGCCUGGAGUGAAUAUCAUUGCAGCUUGGCCAUUCAGAGUUGGGCCAGUGACGACAGAUGGAAAGAAUAUGGCGUUUAAUACCUUAUCUGGAACAUCAAUGUCUGCACCUCACCUUAGUGGAAUUGCAGCUAUAAUCAAGAGUGCGCAUCCAGAUUGGUCACCAGCGGCAAUCAAGUCAGCAAUCAUGACUACUUCUUAUGUUGUUGAUGAUCACAAGAAGCCGAUCCUAGAUGAGACACUCAAUCCGGCUGGGCAUUUCAGUAUAGGUGCAGGGCAUGUUAACCCCUCUCAAGCUGUCAAUCCUGGUCUAAUCUAUGACAUUGAUGAAGAGCAGUACAUUUCGUAUCUUUGUGGGCUUGAUGGUUACACAGAUUUUCGAGUUGAGAUAAUCACACAUCGCAAGGGUGUGUGCGGAGAAGGAAGAAAAAUCUCGGAAGCAGAGCUGAACUAUCCUUCAAUUGCAGUGAAAGCAAGCACCGGCGAACUUGUCGUGAGUAGGACCGUCACCAAUGUGGGAGAUGCAAAAUCAUCAUACACUGUGGACAUUGAGAUGCCGAAAGAAGUAACGGCAUCACUAUCACCAAGUGUGCUGGAAUUUACCAAGGUAAAUGAGAAGAAAACAUUUACUGUAAGUUUAACUUGGGAUGCCAAUGCAAUUAAGCAUGCUGAGGGAAGCUUCAAGUGGAUUUCUGACAAGCAUGUUGUGAGGAGCCCCAUUGUAAUAUUCUAAUGUAACUUAGAGAAUUUCGGAUGUACAAGCAAGUUUGCAACUUGUUAUAUGGAAUAAUAUGAUUUUAAAUGUUGAUGUCUUAUUGUUAUGGGCAAAUUGAUCAGA